GCCACUCACCUGUCUACAGGUUGAACUUUCACCUCCACAGUGACAUUCGUACUUGGCCCGUUCACAGGUCACUUGCUGUGAAUACCACACUACAUUUUUAUGAUGCAUUGUCUGAAUGAGUGAGUCUGAAUUGUGAGGGCUAACCCAACCGGUUAGAAUAGGAUGUCAACAAGUGACGCAGGAGAGUUGGAGCUCAGAGUUGUAGGAGGAGAGAGAAGUCCGCCUCUGCACAGGACAGCACGAGAAACACGGACUACGACUGUACGUGAACAGCAGGAUGAAACAUUCGGUAAAACGUUCAAGCAGGGGAGUGAUCAUGGUGAUGAAACCCGAGCACGACAGCAGUCUCACCCAUCAGCCAUCAGACAGGAAGAAAGACACAAAGCACUAAUAUUAAGAGCGGACACACGAAGAAAGGAAGAGGCUGCUCAUCGUGGUGAUUCAAAGGUCCAGACCCAGAGGCCCGUUAGACCCAGAUUCACCUCCUGCAUCUCUCUCAGACUCUCCAGCAAUCCAGGCCUUGACAACCCAGAUCUAAGACUCAAGAGGAAUUUAGACCCGUGUCUACACAGGUAAACAAGGAAAGUUUAACUGAAGCACAGAGGGCUGAGACUGAGAACAGCAUCUGUCAGGUUAAUGGACAAACUUCACCACCUAACUCCCCUAAAAAGGUAGCCAGUUGCUCUCCAUUAUCUGAAAGGAUACCAGCCAAGAAGAAAGAAGAGGUUAUCACAGUUGGUUGCAAUGAACUGGAGGUUACCAGAGACUUGAGUAUAACUCACAGUUUUUCAAAUGGGGAGUUUAGACCACAUGAUUGUAAUGGCUUGUGCAUACUUCCACAUGGGUCACAAACAAAGACUGGCACUAGAUCAGUUGAGUUUGAUGAAGAUAUAAAAGACGAUACAAAACUCGAGAAACAAACUGAUCUUUUGGAGCAAUCCAACCCUUCUCGAACAAUGCUGUCUUCCACUGUGGUAACAGUUCUUGCCCCACACUGGAGUGGUAGACUAAGACGGACGAAAAGAUUUGAGGGAACUGGCAAUUCCGAAGCCCAGGGGAAUUUACAAGACGUGACCAACACUGCAGAAAACCGUACACAGGAACAUUUUCAGGAGACAAUGGAGAGGUCAUUGACAGACGGCUCACAACCCCAGUUAAGGCCAUUUCUGGGGACCAGAAGGAACACAGUGGGCUGGUCAACUAAGAGUGGUCAGGCAAGCUUGGACUGUGAAUCUAAGAGGAGAAUGAUUCAGACUGUCUCUUUGGAUGUAAACUCUGGAAGGAUUAGCCAGACAGAUACAGGUGCUUUAAGCCAUUUAGCCACAACUGCAUCUGCCAUGUCUCCCCUCUCCCUUGACCCAAAUGAACAAAGGAGGAAUCCACAAACUGGUAAUCAAGGAGGAAUGUCCUCUUUAAGCUCAAAACCAACAACCAGCAGUUUACUUCUGUCUUUAAGAAGAUUCAAUUCCAAUGGCAGGAACUCUAAUGCAGCCUCCACCGUCUCUGAGAUAAACCCUUCGCCUCUGAACAGUUCGCCAAGUGAUCAAGAUGGAAAAUUAUUCUCAACAAACCUUUCUCAAACCUUUCAGAACAAUAAUAUGCAAGAGAGGUCAAAGCCCCUCCUCUCUCCAUCAUCCAUUUCUUAUAGGACAACCGAAACUGGGCCCAUCCUUUCUCCAUUAUCUUCCAAUCACAGAGAAAGGACCAUACUUGAAACACGCUUCUAUUCCACUUCACCCACAAACAAAGACACAGAAGACACACCCUUUACCCGACAACCUCAAACAACAAAUAGGACCCAGUCUGCUCUUUCAUGUUCCAAACAUGCAUUUCUGAGUAGAGGACCAUCAGAGAUCCAACAAAAGUGCAGUGGUUCAGACAAAUGUAAAAAUUUAUUCUCAGAGAGCUCUGUCUCCUUACCCAGACAUUCCCCAUAUGACUGCUCUUCCCUCCCUAGAAGGACCACCCUGACAUCCACUACCUGGUGGAAACAAGUUACAAAGGAGGGCAGUCCCCCUCUAACGCUCAGUGAUACAGUGAACAUCAUAGACAAGCCAAACACGCCCUGUAAUGAUAAAAGUGACUUGGUCUAUCCAAGUCUGACUGACAACAAAAGAUUUAGUUGUCAAAUCCCCAACAACAGAGAGAACAAUAACAAAGCAGAGUCAGUUUGCAAAGGUAACACAAACCUUGUUAUGAAGACACAGGGAGGAGCUCAGAGCCUCAAACUAACUGAGGAUUCACCUGACUAUGAAUCAGACAGACUUAUCAAACAGCAAUAUGGCUUCAAUUUAAACAACAGAGAACCACUAAAGCCUCAUAGUUUGCCUGGUGUUUUGUCUACUUCUAAAAUUAGCAAAGCAACAGUGCAAACAAUACUGAGUCAUCCUAAAGAUAUCACCAAGCAUGAUGCAAGUCAUAGUUCAUUUAGAGCGAAUGUAACUGAAUUACCGCCUACGUUGCUAAAUCCCAAGAGUUCAAAUACACCCACUGAGAGUAGCAAAUACAAAAAUCAUUGUACAUCCAAAACCAACAGCACCCCCGCACCUCCUUACAACAAGGACCCUCAAAAGUUUACCAAACCAUCUCUUUCCCUUGCUGCCACCAACACUCUCAAAGGCCAAUCUCUUACCUCUAAAACUGCCUCUGGUCUACCUCUUACUCCAAAUGCUAAAAGUAGUUCCUCCUUUCACUCUCACUCAACUGCUUCACAGACCAAUAUUCAUGCUUCAUCAUACACUGGCUCUUCUUCCCAAUCACCCAAAUUGACAAACACAACAAACGUAACACUCCUUGGCUUUGAAAGAAGCUAUGCAUCCAUUCCAAAACCUUUCCACCCUAAAACUGAGUCCAGCCUGAUUCCUACAGUCAAUGCUUUCUCUAAAACCAACUACAGUCCUAUAUCCACUGCUUCUUCCACCUCUUCAUUAACCACUGGCAGCCAUCCUGCAGCCACAACUUCCCCCAGCUCAUCCCUCCUUGCUCCUCAUGUCACUCCUGCCCUUGCGUCUUCUCCCACAAUCACCAUUUCCUCUCUCUUAACCCCUCCUGCAACACCUAUCAUUACCACCCCAAGCUACUCAGACACUUCCAGUCCUAAGGAAGGUAGGACUUUCACAAGCAGCCAAGAAAGAAACACAAAGAAACUGCGUGAGGGAAAGAGAGUGAGACGAGUAACAUGGGAGGAUGGAGGAGGAGUGGAUCUGCAGAGUUCUGAGCCCAUCACAGUUGAGAAGCCAGAGCCAUCUCAAGUCCCAACAAGCUCUCCAUCUCCCUCCAGGUCCCUGCGAAGUGUUAAGGCUCCAUCUAUCUUUUCCUUUCUAAGAUCAAGCAGUCCAUCUAAUAAUCUUUGCUCCCCUACCCCUAAGACUUCCUGCAUACAGGUGGCGAAGGGAGGAAAGUAUCGAUCCUUAUCAUCGGACUCUGCUGAUUUUGCAUCCAGAGAGCGAGAAAGAUUUAAGCAAAGACCUUGUGACACUAUGAUCUUUGACCAGGGAAGACAGGAACUAACCACACCCAGACAGGAGAGGACACAGUCAGUGGAGUCAGGCACAGUUCAGUGCCGUUCUACCGCUCCUCUCUCCCUCCCUCCUGACUUUUCAAGUGGUUAUAAGCUUCGAUAUAGCUCCCCACCUUACUCCACUCUCAUGUCUGCCAGGUCAACACAGGGAGAAAUUAAAACUGUAACACCCAGAUCACCCCUCUUCAAACAUCCUUCACAGUCAAAUUAUACCUCACAUCAUCCCAUACAUACUGACUCAGUUGCAACAACAACAUCUAAACCCCCUCCGUCACCUGUCAGCCUAACACAGCCUCUGUUUUUGCCUUUCCAAAACAAAACAGUCACCCGGGAAAAUUCAAAGUGUGUGGUUUCAGAAAUGGACCAAGUCAACAAUAAUCAAGGCAAGAACAACUGCCAAGACUUCCAGAAUGGCAAGAUAUUACUUGUUGAUAACAGAGUUCAUAUUAGCUCACAGUCUCUGCAGGGUGAUAAGGCACACAACUCUUCCUCAACACUUGUAACUGAGACACUGGUGUACAGCAUUAAAUCUAAAGGCGAUACAGCUGCACCUGCCCCAAAGAACAACACAACUAAACCUUCGCAACAUACCGCAAAUACUCCCAUUUCUGUGGAAACCAAGUUAAGUCAACAGUCACACAUGGUGCAGAGUAAGAGAGCCACAAGUGAACCAUUUAGUCAUACAGAUCAGAGCUCCAGUGGUAGCAGCUCAACAGAGAGUCAGCCCCCUGGUAAUGAAAGCUCUAACAGAAGAAUAAAAGAGAGUGUACUGGGUAAAAGCAGAUUUUUUUCAGUGGAGAGCAACAAUGAGCAAAGCCCAAAGAGAAGCCGGUUUGCACUGAAGAAAAGUGUCAGCACACCAAACUCCAGUUUAACAAGGUCAGAGUCAGACAGGGCCAGCAAGACUAAUAACAAAAUGGACCAGGUCCUUAACAGACUGAGACAAACAUUCAGCACUAGACGGUCUGAUGAUGAUAUGUUGUUUCCAUGGAAAUGGAAGCGAGCCUCCCAAACACCUUCUCUUAGUGGAUCAAGUGACAUCAGCAAUGUCAGUGAUAUCAACGUUGAGAGUACCAAAACACUAGAGAAGCCAGAGCAGGAGAAAGGGAUGGUACUGACAGAGAAUGAAAAAGGAACCGAGGCUACAAAUAGAUGGACACAAAACAGAUACACUCUAAUACCACCGUCUGCUUCUGGGAGCACAGUAGGGGACAAUAAGUUUCACAUUUGGUCAGACAAAUCAACUCCUGAAACUGACCAAGACGAGCAAAAUGCUUGUGCAGAACACUUCACGUCUGAAAGUAAAAACCAACUUCAUUUGACAAUCCCCAGCCCAACGAUGCUCCAGUUUGACUUUUACAAAGACAAUGGGACAGAUUAUAAACCACCAAACCAAUUUCUUUCUUGUAGAGAUCCCAGUCCUGGUAGGAGUCCUAACCCCUCUUCUCCUUUUCCUACUCAGUUCGGGAAGUCUGCAUCCAGCCCCAGAAGCCCCUUCUCCCCCUUCUCCUCUCUUUCCCCACUCUCUCCAUUUCCCUCACCUGAUGUUACAGAUGAUGUCUUCUACAGCCCAAAGCUACAGCGUCGUAGAGAAUCCCCCUCACCAUGUGAGCCAGGAGAGGGGAUCAGCCUGGGGGGUUCUAGAAGAAGUCGGGCAUCCACUGGCCCUCCAAGUGCAAGUCCAGGACAGGACAAGGAUUGCUUAGCAUCCUCCUAUGCAGACCUAAAGUAUGGCAUUGAGCCUGGGAGAUCGUUUUCUGUGAGUUCAGUACUGUCCAGUCGACCCUCAGGGCCUGGUCGCAUCUCCACUGGGUCUAGGUUCAUGAGUGUGGGUGACCUCUCUGAAUCUGCCUUGACUUCUGGAGGCACUGGCAAGGGCUUGGAUCACUGGUCUGUUACUUCUGAUUCCACCCCAGAAUAUGAUUGCCAGCCUAGUAAGGAGUGUCGAUUGUCAUAUUUCCCCAGUGACCCUGGUAAAAUGAGAUCGAGAUCUCUUCCUCGAUCACUGACCAGGCGCUUGGCAAAUUGGAGCUCAGGAGUUUCUGCUUCUCCAGCUGACAAUACCACAACAUCAAAGCCAGCCCGCCAUUGGAGCCCUAACAUGAACACUUGUCACUUUGCAUUGGAUACAGAGGGUCCUCCGACCCCUCCUCCAACACCUCCUCUGUCACCAGUGUCCAGACGCAUGUCUAAACCUCCCAGCCUUUCCUCCCCUACCUUUCCCAGCUCACCAGGAGCAUCACAGCAAGGGGACAGCCAAUCCUCCAGAGGGCAUUUGCCCUCCAGGGGCUAUAUGUCGAGUCUUAGCACCUUUGAGGAGUCUUCAGACAGCAGCUCUGACACAACAACAGAUGAUGAAUAUUACUUAGACGAAGAAAAAGAGACAGAAUUAUGAAAGCAGAACAAUAUUGCUUGAACUCCUCCCUGAUGUCAGGUCUCUGUGAUCCUGGACUUCAUUAUCUAUAAAAAGGAAGAAAGAAACAUCCACGAGAAGAAAGAUGGGCUAAAAAUUAUUAUGUAAAGUAGCCUCUUUUCUUUCUUUUUUUUGUUUGUUUACUCUGUCACAAAGGAGACAUAAGUUGCCUGCAUGAUGUGCUUUUUUCAAAAGUGGUUGUUGCUGUCAUGUCAAAAAUACAUUAAAUGAGCAAGCAUGAUAUUAUCAGCAUAGGUUUAAAGUUAAUAAUGUGUGUACAGUAUACUGUAUAUGACUGCAGAUCUCCAAUCUAGGGAUAUCAAACACUGUUUCACAAUUGUUUAACCUUAAUAGUUCGGACAGUUGCAUGGCACUGAUUGAGGAAAUGCAUCUGUGUCAGGUUAAUGAUCAAACUACUGAGUAAGGUUAGGAUUUUGAGGCUUAUCUUUAGGUUUGCAUUUCAUCCUGCUACUUAAUAAUAAGUGCUGAGGUAAUGUGCUAUCAUAUGAUAAUUCAUCAUCUGUUUUCUUCUAUGUUUGAAGAUUUAAAUGAAUUGUGGUAAAUGUUGUAAGCAUAAAGCAGAUAAAAUUUAUUUUCUUUGCCACAUUUUUUUAAGCUGGCGAAGUGUUGCUUAGAAACAUUUGAAAAGUUUUGUUGACAAAGUUUUUUGAAUUCCGGGAUGAAAUAUAAUCAUACUGUAUGUUAGAACAUUUGUUAUUAAACAUAACAAAGUUCUCUAUACAGUGCUUGCGCUUAUUUGCACAGUGAUAAUCUAAAGUCUUAAUAUAUCUAUUUUAUAAAUAAAUGUAUUAUUUCCAAAAA